GCGUAUUCCAAGUUGUGGGCAGUAACAAGGAAGUGCAGUCGCAGAUUGAGAGUAACGUCUUCAAGUGCUGUUACUCUCUUGUUUGGACUAAAGCUUUGUGAUGGCAGUGGACUGGGUUGGAUUUGGCUAUGCUGCAGCCAUCCUCUUCGGGGGAUUUAUGGGAUACAAGAGAAAAGGCAGCGUGAUGUCCCUGAUGGCUGGUUUAGUUUUUGGUUUGUUUUCUGCUUAUGGUGCAUACAACGUCUCCAAUAACCCAAGUGACAUCAAGGUGUCAUUGCUUGCUUCUGGGGUCCUCGCAGUGGUGAUGGGAACGAGAUACAAGAGAUCUGGGAAAUUAAUGCCUGCUGGCAUUAUGGCAGGGCUGAGUUUGUUGAUGGUGUUUCGACUGCUACUACAUCUCAUCGUGUGAGUGGAGAAAUGACGCUGACCAGAGCGAGGGCUUUCUGUCUCUCAAUGAACAAACCUUGUUUUAAAGGAAACAGCAUUCCCAGUUAACAACAAGUCCUCUGUUUUGUUUGGAACUUUCAUGUGACCACAAACUUUGCAAAAGCUACCAGUGGGUGUUUAACAGAUUUACAGAUUUAAGAUUAACUCCUUAUUUUAUUAAAGUAAAUCUGUUUGGGUGAUCUUAUAUAAAUAAAAGUGCUUUUUUUUUUUUUUUUUUACAUGUGCAUGAGUGUAAGAUUAACAGAUGUACAUGAGCUUUGUGGGUGCUGUUUAUGUUGGCAAGAGGUUUACUGCGUACACUACAACUUCAUGUUUGCAGGCUGCACUGUUUGUAAUGUCUAAUAUUUAAUUUACUGAAUAAGGGCCAAGUUUAAAGAACAAAAUGUGUUGUCUUGACUGUUUGUAUGCCAUGUCUUUAACUUUAAAGAGGAACAAAAGUUUAUGUGAUUUUUUUUUGUAAUAACAGCAAAACUAAAUAAACAGCUGUAAUUCUUAAAAUGAUGCUUUCCUUUAUGUGUACAUGGUGUGGAGAUAAUCUAAACACACAACAAAAACACAGCAGCUUCUCAAAUGUUCCUCAAAAAUAAACAAUUUAUUUAGCAGAACUUUCACAUUAAAACACUCCAGAGUUGUGCUGUUAGGAUGGAUUACGUAGAUUCCUGUUAUGCUAUAAAGAUUUAUGAUGAAUACUGCAGCAUUGCUCUCAGCAUAAACCAGCAAAUAUGACUGAUCCACAUGUACAUGCUGUGAUCGUAUAAUGCACUGGUGAAUCAUUCACACUGCAGGUGUGAGGAAUGUACAGGGUUCAUGGGAGUGGUAAUGUGAUGUUGAACACCUCCAUGACGGUUUUCACGUAGUGGUCAUCUGGCUGUGGCUUCCUCUUGCUGCCUGG